UCCAGGCAGCGCGGAGCCGCUAGCGUUUCCCGGCGCGGCCGCCCGAGGCCGGCGAAGCCAUGGGCGCCGGGACACCGCCGCCGCCGCCGCCGCCGUCGCCGUCUGGCCCCAGGAAGAGAAGUUAAACUUCCAGAGAAACCUAACAGACAAUAUCCACAACAGCAGUCACACAACCUUGGACAUUAGAGCCUGUCCGUCUGAUCUAGAGAAGGAAUGUUGCUGGGGAAGGAAAACGCAGGGCGAGGUGAGAGAGGACACAACCUCUAACCAGGAAGAGGCUCUCCCCGCCAAGCUCCGGAGAGGCGCAGAAGCAUGACCAGGUGGUAACAGAAAACAAUCCAGAUGGGGUGCAGGUGCUGUAAAAUAAUACAAAGCUAUCUCUUUGAUCCAGUUCAAGUGCCCUCUCCUGGCUAUGUCAAUGAAGUCAACAGCUGCAAGCUAGAUGAAGACGACACUGAUAAAUUAAAAGGCAAAUGGAGCAGUGAAGUCUUGGUGCAGAAAAAUGACCCUCAGAGGCAGGGCUCAAAGAAGACUGAGAGCAGCAGCAGGACAGCUGAUCCAUGGGAGCCCUGCUGGCCUCACCAAGGGCCGCUCCCACAGGGGGACACUGGAGGGGAACACCAUGCCUGUGGUGUCAACGGCAUUGGCCCUGCUGCCACUCCACAGCCCACUGGGAAUUCCAGCCCUGCCCAGGAUGACAGGGGCUCCUGGGCCAGUACUACAAAUACUGUUCCCCCAACUCAACCCUUCAUGGAAGGAGGGGGCACCAGGAAACAGGACUGUGUGCUGCUGGCCUCAGAAGGGACCCAAGUCAUGAGAAAUGGAGACUCCAGAGCUCCUUCUGAGGUGGAAAGUUUUGCCUUGGAAGUACAAGACCAUGUCUUCCAGAUACCAGCCCCAGAUUACCUUCAGCAUUGGGGCCCAGCUGGAGACAACGUUGAUCAUAAUGAAAAGGACUGUGUUUUCAAGAACCAUGCUGAGGAUGAAUCCCUAGAGGGAAUUCAGCCCACAGUGGGGGAGCAUGGUUUGAAUACGCCCUUCUCUGUGAGGAGAAGCUGGGAUUCAUUGAAUGAGGAUUUGGAAACAGAAGUUCUAAGUAUCCGCUUUAAUGAGAAGAGUCCUGCCCAUGCCAUGCCUGUGGUUGACUCAGGAAACAGGCAGGAGGAUACCCAUGGCUCCGAUGGAGAUGGGGAUGGGGAGAUUGUGGACGAGGAUGCAGCGGUGGCGGAGGCCCUUGCGGCUUUAGAAGCUGCUACUGCAGGGGAAGAUUUGGAUGAGACUGAUUAGGGGAGGGGAUUUGCACAGGGAGGUAAGCUGGUGUCAUGCUGAGCAUGCAGACGCAUUUGCUCCCUGGAUGCAGAGCGGGUGAUUCUGCCAGCAUGCACCAGUGCAGCCUUACCAGUUGUUUACAUCCAGCAUCUGUUCUGAUUGUCAGCAUCUGUCCCAAGCUGCUUGUCACAUAUCUGGAGUUUCAGUCUGUGUAGAUGAGCUGUCAUUCAGGACACUAGGAGAAAAAUCUGAGUGGGUCAUUGUUCCCAUAUCCACAGAAAAUGCAGAAGUCGAACAGCUUGCUUGACAACCCUCAAACAUCUUUGAGCACCUGGUACAGAUGUUUAUGAGAAUACUCUAAGAUCUCAACCCUUGAUCCCAAAGGCACACAAUCACAGAGCAUUCCUUUUGACUGUAAACUGUUUACCUUGCUUUUGAGAGCCAAACAUUGUACCCAACCUGGAAAAAGUAACUACCCCAAUUAAAGUGCCUCAUGUGUCCCCAGAGAAUGGCUUAACUUCAGGGACAAUCACCCAGGGAACUAAUAACUAACCAGUGAUUCAACAGCCGGUUAAGCUCAGCAGUUUUCACGGUAGAGCAGAAGUCCCCAGGAAACAAAGGGUUAGUCAUUAGCUGAGAUGUGAUUUUAAAACACCUUGACCUUAACUUUUUUACAUUAUUACUUUUAAAUCUCCUUUGGGAUUGGGGAGGCUGGCCAAAAUAAGUCUUAAAACUGCUUGUAUCAUAUUUGGAUUUUAAGUUCAUGACUUUCAGAACAGCAAAGCCAUAUACGCAAUGUUUUUAUGCCAUUAAAUGUCUGAUUCCAAUUAAAAUAUAACAACGUAUGUGUCUUUCUAGAAGUCUUAACUCAAAGGUGGUUCUAAUUUUCUCAGGAUAUCAGUGACUCUGGAUGUUACUUUCAAUGUAAAGAACUAAUCUAGAUGGCCGAGCAUGGUGGCUCAUGCCUGUAAUCCCAGCAUUUUGGGAGGCCGAGGCGGGUGGAUCACAAGGUCAGGAGUUCAAGAUCAGCCUGGCCAACAUAGUGAAACCCUGUCUCUACUAAAAAUACAAAAAAUUAUCCGGGCAUGGUGGCGGGCGCCUGUAAUUCCAGCUACUUGGGAGGCUGAGGCAAGGAGAAUCGCUUGAACCUGGGAGGUGGAGGUUGCAGUGAGCUGAGAUCGUGCCACUGCACUCCAGCCUGGUUGACAGUGCAAGACUCCAUCUCAAAAAAAAAAAAAAAGAGCUAAGCUAGGCACAGUGGCUCAUGUCUGUAAUCCGAGCACUUUGGAAGGCUGAGGUGAGAGGAUUGCCAAGGCCAGGAAUUCAAGACCAACCUGGGCAAUUUAGUGAGACCCCAUCUCUAUGAAAAAAAAAAAAAAGAGCUAGACUACAAAAUUAUACUCAAAGAAGGGACCAAGUUGGUUUGCAGAGCCAUGGCUUUGGCUUUCCUCUGUCAAACUUGAUGCCAUAACUAAAUGUCCUGAUCUUACCUCAGAGAUGAACAAGCCCUCUCUGGAUUUCAGCCUUCUAAUUCAUUGAAACAAGGACAACCAUUCUAACGUAACUCAAUGGAGGAUUUAAAGGCAUUAAGGAUGCUCAAAACUAUCUAGAAAAAAAUAAACAUGAAAGAUGCUUUAGUUUGGUGUUUUGUAACACAGAAUUGAAAUCUGACUGAACUUCAUUUGAUUUCCAGCUUUGCCAUGUGACCUUGGACAAGUUAUGUAUCCCUUCUCUUUACCCAUCUGUGAAGUGAGAAUAAUAAUUGUAUGUGCUUGUGAAGAUUAAAUGAG